UCAAUGCUGAUAACGUCAUACAAAGUAUCUUGAAUAGAAAUAAAUUUCAUCUUCGUUUCAAGAUCUACGAAUAAUUUCAUAUUGAUCAACUAAAAAUUCUACAUCUGUUACGUGUAUGAUGUCUUUCUAUGUAUUUAUGACAUUCCUCCUUCCUAUUGACUCGCCCAUUUCAUAUAGACUGAGAAUUAUAUUUCAAGAGUAGAAUACCGAUUUCAAAUUAAAAUUUUAUUUCUACUGCUCCAGAUUUUUUGAACGAGAACAAAUAUGAUUAAACCAACAGAUGAAAAUAUAAUGUCUGUCAGAACCAUCAAUGGUCAAGACCAUCCAACAUCACCAGAAAUGAUCCACGGUGACAAAACCAACCCAAGAAUAACAGUAAUAUUAUCCCCUUUCCACAAAUGUAUGCUUGUGAUGGGUUCAGUACCACCAACUAGCAAGGACAAUCCUAAAUUAAAAAUUUAUAAUAACUUAGUUUUAGAAUCGGUUACGUUGCAAGCAGUUAUGGCUGUAAUUAAUACCGGAUCAGAUAUUUUUCAUUUUGAUCAAACGGAAAGUAUCUUCCGAAGUUUACAAAACGUUGUAAUGGUGCUCACUUCACAUUGUUCGUUACGUUUAAUGCAAACAUCGUAUAAUUCGAUUAUGGAAAUGCUCCAGGAGCAUUGUUAUUUAAUUGCACCCGAUGAUAAAAUUUUGAAAUUUCUUAAAAAAUGCUCGAGGUUAUUUCCAUUUUUUGGUUGUUUGCAUGCAUUUGUUUUUAUUACUGAUGAAGGUUACGGAAUUUUAAAUGAUCCAAUUGAAAUAACAGCCGAGAGACUUCCUUAUGGUUUUCGUGGUUUAGGUAUUGAAUACCCAGAGUUUGCCCUCUUAGUUGUGACUUUUCAACGUUUUGUUUACAGCAUAUUUGUCCAAUCUGCAAUUACUCAUUAUAUGUUUUGUUAUGCGUUGAUAUGUUUCUGUUUAUCUCAGAUAUUUAAGGCAUUUACUGAAUACACGACACAAAAAUUAAAAACAAUUAAAAAUGACAAUUCAGAAUCUAUCAGAGGAAUAUGUAAUUUGUAUUUACAACUCUGUGCCAAAGUGAAAACGAUCAACAAUAUCUUUGAUAAUGUUGUUUUCUUUUGGAUAUGCAAUGCUGUUUGCAAUGUUUGUCUGGUGAUAAAUUCCUUUUUUGUAUCCAAUAACGAUAGGAGUUUUUUCCUGCUCAAUGUACCACUUUCUAUUGUCUCAUUUGCAGGUGUAUUAGCAAUAUCUAUUGGUGCAGACUCUGUGACCAAACAUGGAAGUUCUCUAGUACCUAUUUUAUCCUCUUUUCUGUCUGAAAAUAUGGAAUAUCAACACAAUAUAUUUAAUUUAUGCAAAAUGAUGAUUGAUAAAAUGAUGAUAGAUCCUCCUUGUUUAACAGCUUGGGGAUGCAUUACUAUAAAUAAAUCUUUAGUCAUGAAAAUAUUGUCUAUGAUGGUUAGUUACUUAAUAUUACUUGUACAAAUGACAAACACACAAUAA